AAGACAAAAUGUGGGUUUCAUAUUGAAUCAAUCAAUUGUUUUAGCAAAAUAAUAAUACUAGUAAAGAUCUUUUUCUUUAAUUAUGUCGGUUCAUGCUCACAGCUAUAUUAACAUUGUAUAUUCAUUUAAAGCUAUAUUAAGAGUAUUAAAAGAAUGAACAGAGAGCAUCGUUGCUGUCUUCACAAAACAAGAUCGGCUCAAACCGUUUUUCUUCCCACUUUCUCUGUUUCACUGACUCUCCACUUACUCAAACAGAAAGGUAGUCAAAACUUUACUGAGUUUUUCCUCUUCAUCGACCCAGUUCCACCUCAACAAUGAACGAAGAGAUGAGCGGAGAGACGCCGGAGAAUAAACAUGUAAGUAGACCAACAUUGCCGGAAAAGAUCGACUACGUGUUCAAGGUGGUAGUGAUCGGUGACUCUGCGGUCGGAAAAACGCAGCUCCUUUCACGUUUUACACAGAACGAGUUCUGUUACGACUCAAAGUCCACCAUUGGUGUCGAGUUUCAGACACGUACGAUCACUCAUCAAGGCAAGCUCGUUAAAGCUCAGAUCUGGGAUACCGCCGGUCAAGAAAGAUACAGAGCGGUGACAAGCGCGUAUUACAGAGGCGCGUUAGGUGCUAUGGUCGUUUACGACAUAACUAAACGCGUCUCCUUCGACCACGUGGCACGUUGGGUUGAGGACUUGCGAGCUCACGCCGACGACUCCGCCGUGAUUAUGCUCGUCGGAAACAAAGCCGACCUUGCCGCCGAUAAACGCGCCGUCACGACAGAAGACGCGGUCGAGUUCGCCGAGACUCAUCGGCUAUUCUUCUCGGAAGUCUCGGCUCUAAGCGGCGGGAACGUCGACGAAGCUUUUUUCCGUCUGCUAGAGGAGAUUUUCAGCCGCGUUGUUGUUGCGAGAAAAGCUCUGGAAUGUGAGAAUGGGACUACAGCGAAACUUGACGGUUCGAGAAUUGAUGUGAUCAUCUCUGGUUCUGAUCUUGAGACUGGUAAGACGAAUGAACAAGCUUCGUGCUCGUGUUGAUUUUGAGUUUUGAGUGAUGGACUCAAGUAUGGGCCAGAAACCUCGAGACAUAGUGGGACUUUUUUUUUAAUAUCAUUUUACCCAUGUCUUUGUUUAUGGGCUUUUUAUAUAUUUUGUGAAUUGGUGGUACUUAUUCGAUACCGUCUAAAAACUAUUCAUGUCAUAUUUGAUAUCUUUUUUUCUACACCAUUUAUAAUA